AUGGUUGCAGGUUCAAAUCCUCACUACGCUCUUUUUAAAAAUGAAAUGGUUCGAGCUGAGCUACUGACUAUUAAGCCCGAAUUUGCCAAAUAUGUGGACUUGCGGACGGUUCACUUUGUGGAGUUUGAUAGUGUGCACGCAAUAUAUACUUUUAAUCCUUCAUUGGCCGAAGUAUGUGCAGUAGACCGUGUCAACAUGACUAUUUCAGUAGUCAAGAUUUUUCUUGUGUUAGCCUUAGUAUUUGUGUCUUGUGCCAUAGAAGCUUCGAUCCGCCGUGAUAUAGAUGUCGGUGGCCGUCGUCGCCUUUCCGGCAGUAGCGGUCUUAAGGUUUUCGAUGUCACGAAAUAUGGUGCUAAAGCGGAUGGUAAAUCAGACAGUACCAUGGCUUUUAUGAAGACAUGGGUGGACGCAUGCAAAACAAAUACUCAACCGGGUAAAGUUUUGGUACCAAAAGGAACAUUUGUGACAUCCCCAGUAGUAUUUCAAGGGCCAUGCAAAAGCUCUGUGCCUAUAACUGUUGAAGUUCAAGGAACCAUAAAAGCAUCCACUGAUUUAAGUAAGUUUUCUGAAGAUUUUUGGUUCUCUUUCGAAAAAAUUACCGGUUUGGUUCUUACCGGCGGCGGAACCUUUGACGGACAAGGCGCUUCUGCCUGGAAGUACAACAAUUGCAAGAAAGGUGGUGACUGCAACAGACUUCCAACUUCAAUCAAAUUUGAAGGAGUGACCAAUUCAAUCAUUUCUGGAAUCAGUUCCAUCAAUAGCAAAUUUUUCCACUUUCAUAUCUCAGACUGCACCAAUUUUACGGCUACUGAUCUCAAGAUUACUGCUCCUGGCGACAGUCCGAACACUGAUGGUAUGCAUUUGAGCAACACCAACGGUGUAAAUGUAUCUAAAAUCACCGUCGGAACCGGCGAUGACUGCAUUUCAAUCGGAUCAGGAGUUACUCAUGCUUCCUUCUCCCACAUCACUUGCGGUCCUGGUCAUGGCAUUAGUGUCGGAAGCCUCGGAAAGUAUCAGCAUGAGAAAGAUGUCAAUGGAAUUGUCAUAAGUGACUGUACAUUGUCUAAAACUACCAACGGCUUAAGGAUCAAAACCUGGCCCGGAUCUCCACCAAGUGCAGCUUCAGGCAUCACUUUUCAGAAUAUUACUAUGAACUCUGUUCAGAAUCCUAUCAUCAUAGAUCAGAAAUACGGGUCGAGCAGUUCAACUCCAUCGCGUGUAAAGAUAUCGGACAUUCAUUUCAAGAACAUUAAGGGAACAUCAGCUUCAGAUGUUGCGGUCAGCUUAACAUGCAGUUCAUCAUUCCCGUGCCAAGGAAUUCAACUAGCUAACGUCGAUCUGACCUACAAUGGCGGUGAGGGAAAAGCUUCGUGUUUGAAUGCUAAAGUUACGUCUAGUGGUGCACCAAGCUGCAAAUAAGAACUCGUGCAGUACGCACCUAUAUACGCAACUAGUUAGGUCCGAAAGCGGUUUAUUUAGCUAGGCU